AUGGAUGGCUCUAGUCAAACUGUUGUCAUAGAAACACAAAUAUCUAGACCUAUGGCACUUACAAUAGAUUAUGUCAACCACAGACUGUAUUGGGCUGAUGAAAAUCACAUCGAAUUUUCUGACAUGGACGGAUCUCAUAGACAUAAAGGUAAUGAUACAGUCUAUUGGACCGACAUGGGUUUCAACAAAAUUAGCAGAUCUAAACGGGACCAAACAUGGAAAGAAGAUGUUGUUACAAAUGGCUUGGGAAGAGUUGAAGGCAUUGCAGUGGAUUGGAUAGCAGGUAACAUAUAUUGGACAGAUCAUGGCUUCAACUUAAUUGAAGUUGCCAGGCUCAACGGCUCAUUCCGAUAUGUAAUCAUAUCCCAGGGUCUGGACCAGCCAAGAUCUAUUGCAGUACACCCCGAAAAAGGGUAUUUAUUUUGGACAGAGUGGGGACAGAUUCCUUGCAUAGGAAAGGCGUAUUUGGAUGGAUCUGAGAAGGUUGUUCUCGUGAGCCUAGGGAUUGUGUGGCCUAAUGGGAUUUCCGUUGACUAUGAGGAAAAUAAAUUAUAUUGGUGUGAUGCUCGUACCGACAAGAUAGAAAGAAUUGACCUUGAGAGUGGAGGGAAUCGGGAGAUUGUGCUGUCAGGGAGCAAUGUGGAUAUGUUUUCAGUUGCGGUGUUCGGAGCUUACAUCUACUGGUCUGACAGAGCACAUGCAAAUGGCUCUAUUAGAAGAGGCCACAAGAAUGAGGCCACGGAUGCUGUGACCAUGAGGACUGGCCUUGGAAUAAACCUGAAGGAAGUGAAAGUCUUUAAUAGAGCACGAGAGAAAGGUACUAAUGUUUGUGCCAAGAAUAAUGGUGGAUGUCAUCAACUCUGUCUUUAUCGAGGAAAUGCACAAAGAACUUGUGCGUGCGCACAUGGCUAUCUUGCAGAAGAUGGAAUUACCUGCUUAAGACAUGAAGGUUACCUCUUAUAUUCAGGAAGGACAAUAUUAAAAAGUAUACAUCUGUCAGAUGAAAACAACUUAAACUCACCAGUAAGGCCAUAUGAAAAUCCAGAAUACUUCAAAAAUGUGAUCGCUCUUGCUUUUGACUACAGUCUCAAAGGAAGAGGUACUAAUCGGAUAUUUUUCAGUGACGCACACUUCGGAAAUAUACAAGUUAUUAAUGACAACUGGGCUGGCAGAAAAGUGCUAAUAGAAAAUGUUGGGUCAGUGGAGGGGCUUGCUUAUCACAGAGCUUGGGACACUCUAUAUUGGACCAGUUCAACCACAUCCUCAAUCACAAGACACACCGUUGACCAGAGACGUCGAGGAGCUUUCAACCGGGAAGCAGUAAUCACAAUGUCUGAAGAUGAUCAUCCACACGUACUAGCUCUAGAUGAAUGUCAAAAUUUAAUGUUUUGGACUAACUGGAAUGAGCAGCUCCCGAGCAUCAUGAGAUCUACCCUCUCAGGCAAAAAUGCACAGGUUAUUGUUAGUGCGGAUAUUUUGACACCAAAUGGACUUACCAUUGAUCAUAGGGCGGAGAAACUUUACUUUUCAGAUGGCAGCUUGGGAAAAAUUGAGAGAUGUGAAUAUGACGGAUCACAGAGAUACGUAAAUAAAAAGCUAUGGUGGGCAGACCAGAAUUUGGCUCAGAUUGGAACUUGUAACAAACGAGAUGGAAGAAACCCAACUAUCCUACGAAACAAGACUUCAGGUGUUGUGCAUAUGAAAGUAUAUGAUAAGGCAGCACAGCAAGGUAGCAACUCCUGUCAAUUCAGUAAUGGUGGAUGUUCCCAGCUCUGUUUACCAACAUCAGAAACCACAAGAACCUGUGUUUGUACAGUAGGCUACAACCUCCAAAAAAACCGCAUGGCAUGCAAAGGUAUAGAAUCAUUUGUUAUGUAUUCUGUUCAUGAAGGGAUUAGAGGAAUUCCUCUUGAUCCAAAUGAUAAAAUGGAAGCUUUAAUGCCUAUAUCCGGAACCUCAUUUGCAGUGGGCAUAGACUUCCAUGCAGGUUUAUCAGUAGAUUAUGUGGAGAACAAACUUUACUGGAUCAGUUCAGGAAAUGGAACCAUUAAUAGAUGCAACCUGGAUGGUGGCAGUCUUGAAAUAAUAGACUCCAUGAAAGAAGAUUUACCAAAAGCCACAGCUUUAACAAUAAUGGCUUCAAAUCCAUGUGCUGCUAAUGAGGGCAGAGGUCCAUGUUCUCACAUGUGUCUGAUCAAUCACAACAGAAGUGCUGCAUGCGCAUGUCCACAUCUGAUGAAACUUUCUUUAGACAAGAAAACAUGUUAUGAAAGGAAGAAAUUUCUUCUUUAUGCAAGACGUUCAGAAAUAAGAGGAGUGGACAUAGACAACCCCUACUUCAACUUUAUUACAGCCUUCACUGUUCCUGACAUUGAUGAUGUGACGGUCAUAGAUUUUGAUGCUGUUGAGGAGCGGUUGUAUUGGACUGAUGUGAAAACACAAACCAUCAAGCGUGCCUUCAUUAAUGGUACUGGUUUAGAAACUAUUAUUUCAAGAGAUAUUCAGAGUAUCAGAGGUCUUGCUGUGGAUUGGAUAUCACGGAAUUUAUACUGGAUUAGCUCAGAAUUUGAUGAAACACAAAUUAAUGUGGCACAUUUAGAUGGUUCCUUAAAAACCUCAAUCAUCCACGGAAUUGAUAAACCCCAGUGUCUUGCAGUUCACCCAGUAAAAGGUAAGCUUUAUUGGACUGAUGGAAACACAAUUAACAUGGCUAACAUGGAUGGCAGCAAUAGCAAAAUCCUCUUUCAGAAUCAAAAAGAUCCUGUUGGGAGAUGCAUUAGCAAAGCGUGGCUAUGUGAUGGCGAUAUUGAUUGUGAGGAUCAGUCUGAUGAGGAUAAUUGCGAGGGCUAUAUGUGUGGACCACCAAAAUACCCUUGUGCUAAUGAUACCUCCAUCUGCCUACAGCCUGAGAAGCUCUGCAAUGGGAGAAGAGAUUGUCCUGAUGGAUCUGAUGAAGGCGAUCUUUGUGAUGAGUGUUCACUUAAUAAUGGUGGAUGUAGUCAUCAAUGUUCUGUGGUUCCUGGAGGAAGAAUUGUGUGCUCAUGCCCUGUAGGAUUCAAUCUCAGUGUAGACAACAAAACUUGUGAACUUAUGGAUUAUUGCACCAAGCACCUUAAGUGUAGUCAAGUAUGUGAACAACAUAAAAAUAAUGUGAAAUGCUCAUGUUAUGAAGGCUGGAAGCUCAGUAAGGAUGGAGAAAAUUGCAUUAGUACUGAUCCAUUUGAAGCUUUCAUAAUUUUUUCUAUUCGACAUGAGAUCAGAAAAAUUGAUCUUCACAAACGUGACUACAGCCUUUUGGUUCCUGGUUUAAGAAAUACAAUAGCACUUGAUUUUCAUUUCAGUCAGAGUUUACUGUACUGGACAGAUGUGGUGGAGGACAAAAUUUACAGAGGCAAGCUUUCUGAUACUGGAGGUGUAAGUGCCAUUGAGGUGGUAGUACAGCAUGGCUUGGCGACGCCUGAAGGUCUUACUGUAGACUGGAUUGCAGGAAACAUAUACUGGAUAGACAGCAAUCUGGACCAAAUAGAAGUUGCAAAGUUAGAUGGUACUUUGAGAACAACGUUAAUAGCAGGAGCUAUGGAACAUCCAAGAGCUAUUGCUUUGGAUCCCAGAUAUGGAAUUCUAUUUUGGACAGACUGGGAUGCAAAUUUUCCUCGCAUUGAAUCUGCUUCUAUGAGCGGAGCGGAAAGAAAGAUCAUAUAUAAAGAUAUGGAUACUGGAGCCUGGCCUAAUGGCCUUACAGUGGAUCAUUUUGAGAAAAGAAUAGUAUGGACAGAUGCCAGAUCAGAUGCUAUUUAUUCCGCAUUAUAUGAUGGAACCGGCAUGAUAGAGAUUAUACGGGGUCACGAAUAUCUUUCUCACCCCUUUGCUGUUUCUUUGUAUGGGAGCGAAGUAUACUGGACAGAUUGGCGGACCAAUACACUUGCAAAAGCCAAUAAAUGGACUGGCCAGAACGUCAGCGUUAUACAAAAAACAAGUGCUCAACCCUUUGAUCUUCAGAUAUAUCACCCAAGUCGUCAGCCACAAGGUGAUAUUUUAAUAGAACAGUUAAUCAUUAUUUCAUGA